AUGCUGCCCACGCCCUUCUCGGUGAAGGACAUCCUCAGCCUGCAGCGGCCCGAGCCUGCCGGGGGACCCCGCGCCGCCCCCGCGCCCCGAGCCGCCCGCAGCCCCGCCGGGGAGAACGAGCCGCCUGCAGGAAAAGCUCUUCUCGCGCCGAGCUUGGGGGCGGAGGAGAAGCCAAGGGAGCAGCAAGCGCUGCCCAGGCAGCGGCAGCGGCGGAAGCCGCGGGUUCUGUUCUCGCAGGCUCAGGUGCUGGAGCUGGAGCGGCGCUUCCAGCGGCAGAAAUACCUGUCCGGGCCCGAGCGGGAGCAGCUGGCCCGGCUGCUGCAGCUCAGCCCCACGCAGGUGAAGAUCUGGUUCCAGAACCGGCGCUACAAGAGCAAGAGGCAGCGGCAGGAGCGGUGCCUGGCGCCGGCGCUGCCCGCGCUGCCCCCGCGCAGGGUGGCGGUGCCGGUGCUGGUGCGGGAUGGCAAACCCUGCCUGGGGGGCUCCCGGCCCUACCCAGCGCCCUGCGGGGUCACCGCCGGCCCUUUUUCCUACGGCUCCUGCUGCGGUGCCCGCGGCGGCGGCGCUUUCGGGGCGGGCUACGGCGGGGGAUGUCCCGCGGUGCCCGCAGGUGCCACCCCCGGGGGUGCCCAGCGCCAGCCUCCGGCUCUGCCAGCGGGAAUCAGCGCUGCGAGCUGGAGGUGA